AUGAACCUCAUCUGCAAUCAGCUGACGAGCCUGCCGGCGGAGAUCGGGCAGCUCACGUCGCUGAAGGAGUUGCGUCUCCACGGCAAUGGGCUGACGAGCCUGCCGGCGGAGAUCGGGCAGCUCACGUCGCUGACGCUGUUGAUCCUCGACCACGAUGAGCUGACGAGCCUGCCGGCGGAGAUCGGGCAGCUCGCGUCGCUGGUGGAGUUGGACCUCAGCUACAAUCAGCUGACGAGCCUGCCGGCGGAGAUCGGGCAGCUCACGUCGCUGGUAAAGUUAGACCUCACCACGUGGCUGGAGGAGCCACCCUCGUUGCUGGAGGAGCUCGACAGCUGGGAGUUGAACCUCGGCAACAAUAGGCUGACGAGCCUGCCGGCGGAGAUCGGGCAGCUCACGUCGCUGGUGGAGUUGAACCUCGAACACAACAAGCUGACGGAGUUGCCGGCGGAGAUCGGGCAGCUCGCGUCGCUGGUGGAGUUGAACCUCGGCAACAAUAGGCUGACGAGCCUGCCUGCGGAGAUCGGGCAGCUCACGUCGCUGGUGGAGUUGAACCUCGACGACAACACGCCGCUGACGGAGUUGCCGGCGGAGAUCGGGCAGCUCACAUCGCUGAGAGAGUUGAACCUCUGCAACAACAGGCUGACGAGCCUGCCUGCGGAGAUCGGGCAGCUCACGUCGCUGAAGAGGUUGUUCCUCCACCGCAAUCAGCUGACGAGCCUGCCGGCGGAGAUCGGGCAGCUCGCGUCGCUGGUGGAGUUGAACCUCCACCGCAAUCAGCUGACGAGCGUGCCGGCGGAGAUUGGGCAGCUCACGUCGCUGAAGAGGUUGUUCCUCCACCGCAAUCAGCUGACGAGCCUGCCGGCGGAGAUUGGGCAGCUCACGUCGCUGGUAAAGUUAGACCUCACCACCAACAAGCUGACGAGCCUGCCGGCGGAGAUCGGGCAGCUCGAGUCGCUGAGGGAGUUGCGGCUCAGCGGCAACCAGCUGAGGAGUGUGCCGGCGGAGAUCGGGCAGCUCACGUCGCUGACGCUGUUGGACCUCGGCAACAAUCAGCUGACGAGCAUGCCCGCGGAGAUUGGGCAGCUCACGUCGCUGGUGGAGUUGAACCUCGGCGGCAAUCAUCUGACGAGCAUGCCGGCGGAGAUCGGGCAGCUCGCGUCGCUGAAGAGGUUGUUCCUCCACCGCAAUCAGUUGACGAGCAUGCCCGCGGAGAUCGGACAGCUCACGUCGCUGGAGAUGUUGCACCUCGGCGGCAAUCAGCUGAUGAGCGUGCCGGCGGAGGCCGGGCAGCUCACGUCGCUGAAGAGGUUGCUCCUCGACCGCAAUCAGUUGACGAGCGUGCCGGCGGAGAUUGGGCAGCUCACGUCGCUGGAGAUGUUGCACCUCGGCGGCAAUCAGUUGACGAGCGUGCCGGCGGAGAUCGGGCAGCUCACCUCGCUGUGGACAUUGCACCUCGGCGGCAAUCAGCUGACGAGCUUGCCGGCUGCGAUACGCGACCUCGGGGCGGCUGACUGCAGCGUGCAUCUGGAUGACGGCGUGACGGUGGACGAGUUGUAG